UGCAAACACUCAACUCAACACAAUUUCCCAACCCUAAACUAGGUUUGCUUCCUCUCUUCUUCUCCUUCUCGGUGUUUAUGUUCUUCCCUCCACCAAGAACAUGUGUUCCUUGCUUGCAUAACUGCAGAGAGAUAAUAUGAUGGGAGGUGGAAAUGGAGCUCUAUCAGUUCCACCAGGAUUCAGAUUCCAUCCAACAGAUGAAGAAUUACUGUUUUAUUACCUCAAGAAGAAGGUGUCCUUUGAACCUAUCGACUUCGAUGUUAUUCGAGAAGUCGAUCUCAACAAACUUGAGCCAUGGGACCUCAAAGAGAAAUGUAGGAUCGGGUCGGGUCCACAAAACGAAUGGUACUUGUUCAGCCAUAAGGACAAAAAGUACCCGACCGGGACACGUACGAACCGCGCCACAGCCGCCGGUUUCUGGAAGGCCACCGGCAGAGACAAGCCAAUCCACAUGACCAGCUCAGCCAGAUCGGUCGGGAUGAGGAAAACCCUAGUCUUCUACACGGGCCGGGCCCCUCACGGCCACAAGACCGAUUGGAUCAUGCACGAAUACCGUCUACACGACCAAAACACUCCUCACCAAAUCCAAGAUGGAUGGGUGAUCUGUAGGGUUUUCAAGAAGAAAAACCUAACCCGAGGCCGAGGGUUCCACCCGGACCCGGACCAGGUCGAGCACGAAGAGCCGAUGGUACCUUUCCAUCCGGACGCAGUAAAUGGUUGUACCUUGCAGCAACACCCCCACAAUCUCACAUUCAACAACUCAAUGCAUCUCCCCCAAUUAUUCAGCCCAGAACAAGCCGCCGCUCCCUCCUCGUUCGCGCCAUCAGGGCCGGGCGGGCCUUCGUUCAUUCAGCAGCCCGGCGACUGGUCGUUUCUCGACAAGCUGCUCAACACGGACCACAUUAGCAAAGCCCAGCAUUUUGGGCAUGUGGCCGAUAUGGUUCCGGUGAGCCACCGGGUUUCGUUCCCCUAUCACGGGCUCGAGCACGAUUUCUCCAAGUUUCCCAAGUAGGAGGAUUUGUUGGAUCAAACGUUUUCGUAUGUUGUGAUGAUGCAUGUUAGAUUGAUAAAUGAUAAAAUUCCCAGUUUUUUAUCGUCUAAUGCAUGUUUUGGUAUCUAUGGAAUUAUAUAUACUGAUGAUGCCAAUUUUUAGUUAUAAUUAAUUAAUUUCUUUUGUUUU